UCAAAAGAAAGGCCAUAGGCAGCCUUCUCAGAGAAGGACAGAGAGCGACAUCGUCAUAAACUCGGCUGAAUCCUAGGCCGGUAUCGAGAACAGGGCAUUCGGGCCGCUCUGGCCGUUCACGAGCUUCACCCUACUUUGCCACUUCGCCGUUCGUCUUCACUCCCACAGUCAGAGGUGGAGCGGAAUGACUGGUGAGAAUGGUGGGCAGACCGUCGAAGGGUCCGGCGGCGGUGGGGAGGCUCCGGCGGAAGGGCCUUUGGACGAUGUCCCCAUGAGCGUUGAUGGCCCUGUUUCCUCUAAGAAGGCCUCUGAUGGGCCUGUCGGUGAAGGCGGAGAAUCGAGCCGUCAGGGUGCAGGGGAAGGUGGGGAUCUUGGGGAUGUUAAGGCCGAAGGUGACGAUGGGGGAGGUGGUGGCGUUGGGCGCGAAAACGGUGGUGGCGGGCAGUCUGAGGAGAACGCGCCUUUGAAGCAUGAGGUGGCUGAGGAAGGCCCUCCGACUGCGGAGGGAACGAAUCGGUUGCGGCCUGGUGAUGCUCGGGUGGAGGAGGGCGACGAGUCUGGGUCAGAGGAGGAGCAGGCAGCGUUCGUGAAGGAGCUCGAGAACUUCUUUAAGGAGAGAAACAUGGAGUUCAAGGUCCCCAAGUUUUAUGGGGAGGGCCUGAACUGCCUCAAGCUUUGGAGAGCGGUGACUAGAUUGGGGGGUUACGACCAUGUUACUACAUGUAAGCUGUGGCGUCAGGUGGGGGAAUCUUUCAAGCCGCCAAAGACCUGUACUACCAUCUCCUGGUCAUUUCGGAUUUUUUAUGAAAAGGCUCUUCUUGAUUAUGAAAGGCAUAAAACACGUGGUAACGAGCUUGUGACAACUGCUACUUCAGUUCUUGAGCCCUCAGUGCCUGCUUCUGAAACUCAAAGUGCCGGAAACCAAGCACCUGGAUCAGGUAGAGCUAGAAGGGAUGCUGCAGCUCGUGCAAUGCAGGGCUGGCACUCACAGCGUCUUCUUGGUAAUGGUGAGGUUGGCGACCCAAUUAUUAAGGAUCGCAGCUCAAUUUCUUUAGCUAAACGUGAGAAGCAAUUGAAGAAUCUUGGGGUACUUAAACGCAAGAAGCUUUCAAUUGAUAGGGUUGCAAAGACUAUGCGACCAAAGGCGCCAAAGUCACAAGUAGGAACCAUGGUUGUUGACAUCGGACAGAGUGCAGAUUGGGUGAAGGUCAACGUGAGGAAAACUAAAGACUGCUUUGAGGUUUAUGCUUUAGUUCCUGGGCUUCUACGUGAAGAGGUGCGUGUUCAAUCAGAUCCUGCUGGGCGGCUGAUUAUAUCAGGCGAGCCAGAACAGAUUGACAACCCAUGGGGCGUGACACCCUUUAAGAAGGUGAUUACGUUGCCUUCACGCAUAGACCCGCAUCAAACAUCGGCAGUUGUCACCCUUCACGGUCAGUUGUUUGUCCGUGCCCCUUUUGAGCAUUCAGAGGUUUAGUGGGCGAAAUCACUGAAACUAACAUUCAAUAAAAAAGGAGCGUGGGAACUGAGAAGGGAACCCUCAAAACACAUCUUGUCAACGUUUUCUUUCCUCCAGCAGGGCUCUGAAAUAUUACCCUUCAGCUAUUUAUGCAUUUUGGCAAAAUAUCGGGUUAAGAUUAGGGCUGGUAAGGAAGCAACACAACCUCUUGUUCAGCUUAUUAAGCACUUGUUUGUAAUUGUUUCGAUAAGAAGACAAGCUGAACAUGCGCUUGUUCAUAUUCAUAAACAAGCUGGGUAUGGACACAGGGAGAUCGCCCUCGCCAGGCUGAUUAUGUGCUCUUUAUAUAUUUCUUACCUAAUGUAUCAUUUUGUCUUUCAA